AACGCGCAUGCGCAAAAAUUAUAUUAUCUCAACGUGUUGAUAUUUAAAACGAAAGUACAUAGAUCAAGGCUGCAUCAAGAAAUGAAACGUCGAGGAAAAAAUAUUGUUUUGAAAAAUGAUUCUGAUGAAGAUGUUGAAGACAUUUUUACAGAUGAGAUUAAUGAAUUCACAGAAGCAAGAAAUAAAAUACAUGUUGAUGAGAAAGCAAGUGCAAGUGAAGAAGAGGAAGAAAUAUUCGGGCUAGUCGAUGAAGAUGAUGAAAGUGAUGAAGAAAUAGGAGAGUGGUCUAAACGACUCAAGCAAAUUAAAUUUCAGGCAAAGCUAGAGAAAAAUAAAUCGUUGCCAGGAGAUGCACCAGAAAAGUCUUGGGGUAACAAGCGAAGUAUUUUCUAUGGAUCUGGAGUGAAGAGGAAACCUAAACAAGCUGAAAAUGAAGAAGAAGAUGAAUGGUUAAUGGAGGAGAAGGAAAUAGAAAAACUUCAGAAAAAAUUGGAUGCAGAUGUUGAUGAAGAUGACUUCAUGGUGCCAUCACUCGUAACGAAGACAAAGAGUGAUAAAUCCAGUGAGCUGACUGUAAAGAGAGAUUUGAAUUUGGAGGAGACAGUAGAGCUCAAGAAAAAACUUCACCCAGAAGCGGAACCACUGAGGGAAGAAUUGAAUAAGUGUAUUGAAGAACUGGAAAAAUUCAAAGAUGUAAAGGGUUGGAAAGCUGAAAGUAGAAACACUUGCUUUAAAUUGUUAGCUGCCAAUAUUGCUUUCUACCUCCAUUUGAUUGAUAAUAAUGAAGAUUGUCGAGGUCACCCUGUAAUUAAAAGGAUUGUGCAGUGGAAAAAGAUGGCAAAAAUGUAUGAAGCUAUACCAGCAGAACAGAUGCAUGUUACAGAUGAAGAAGACAAUGGUCAUGAUGAUGAGAAUGAAGGUGGUGAACUGAGUAAAGAUUUAGGACAGACAGAAACAUUAAAACGUAAACGUUUAGCAGUGGAUGAUAGCGAGGAAGAAGGUGAUGAUGAUCUUCAAGACGAAGAAAAAGAUUUUGAUGAACCAUCUCUUGUUGAAGGAGGAGAAAAUAGACCAAUCACAUAUGAAAUUGAAAAAAACAAGCCCAAGAAGAAAUCUGCGCCCAACAACCCUCGAGUAAAACACAGAGAAAAGUUCAGAAAGGCCAAGAUUCGCAGGAGAGGAAAGAUCAGGGAAUACAAACCAGAAAUCAACAAAUAUCAAGGAGAAGCUUCUGGUAUCCGCACUGGCAUUAUAAGGAGUAUCAAAUUGAAAUAAAGCAGUCAGGAGUUUUUGGUUAUACUGUAAAGUGUAUAGCAAGUUCUCCCUGUUCACAUGUACAUAAUAAACUCGAUUUAUUUGUUUU